CAGUGUUCAACCGUGGCUCGUGCAGAGCGGACGUGAUGAGUUUCAAAGAUAAAGUUGUUAUUGUGACCGGGGCGAGCUCCGGAGUAGGGGCCGCUACAGCCAUAGCGUUCACUCAAGAAGGCGCCUCCGUUGUCAUGAUAGGAAGAAAUCAAAAUAAAUUGGACAAUGUGCGGAAGAAAUGCGAAGCUGUCGGCAAAAAACCUUUAGUCAUCAACGCUGACCUCACUGACGACGGCGAACUCAGAAACAUCGUGGACAAAACGAUUGAAGAAUUCAACAAAAUCGAUAUUUUAGUUAAUAACGCAGCUAUCUUGCGCUGCGGCAAUUUGAGGUAUGAUACCAUUAGGAAUACGUACGAUGAAGUAAUGAAUACAAAUAUACGAGCUGUUGUUUACUUGACGACGUUUGCCACACCUCACCUGAUAGCCAGUAAGGGUAAUAUAGUGAAUAUAUCAACUAUAGGAGCAGAGAGAGUGAUCUGCGACGAAUAUAACGCGUACUGUGUAUCUAAGGCGGCAUUGAAUCAUUUCACAAGGGCAGCGGCUAUCGAAUUAGGUGCUCAUGGGGUAAGAGUGAAUACAGUGAGCCCAGCAGUAGUUAAAAGUGAUAUGUUACAGAAUGCAGGUUUUGGAGCCGGAGAUGUUGGUUCUUUCAAAAAUGUAAUGUAUGGACCGUGGACUGAGUCAGAGGAGAUAGCCGAUUUAAUACUGUUUGUGGCUAGUGAUAAGGCGAGGGGUAUAACGGGAUCGAAUUUAGUUAGUGAUAAAGGAAAUACGUUGAUAUGAUAUGACAAGUGUUUAACAUUUCUGUGUGCACUGAGUUGGAAUUUAAGACUGAUAUCAAUUAAAAUAAACAUUGUUUAGGUUAUUUAGAAUUAAAGUUAUGUUAUUAAUAUUUAAUAAGAAAAUAUACGAUUUUUCUCCA